AUUUCCCCCGAGAACAUCUACAAUAUGGACGAGAAGGGCAUACAACUUGGUGUCAGAAAGAAGGUCCAGACUCUUGUUGACCAUGAUCAGCGUACCCUCUAUCUCAUUGAGAAUGGUUUAUAUGAGCUUGUCACAAUUAUUGAAACCAUUUGCACUGAUAGAACUGCUCUCAAACCUUGUGUCAUCUUUCAGGCAAAGUGCAUCAACCUGCAAUGGUCACAAAAUAAUCUCUGCGAUGCUAGGUACGAACUUGGUGUGAUCUGGCUAGAGAAGAAUUUCGAGCCUGAGACCAUAAAGUGCAAUUGUGGCAGUGCUCUCCACCUUCUCAUUUCAGACAGGCACAACUCCCACUGUACAUAUUGUUUUAUCAGAUAUGCUGCCAAUCAUAACAUUCUUGUUGUAUGCCUUCUCUCACACACUACACAUGCACUGCAGCCCUGCAAUGUUGGAGUAUUUGGCCCUUUGGCAUCUGCUUGGAAAGUGGAGGUUUCUCAGGCAUUGCCCAAGUACUAUAUUUCUAUUUGCAAAGAUAAUCUCCUGGACUACUAUCACCAAGCUUUGCAGCAUGCAAUGAAACUCACCACAGUAAUCUCUGCAGCAAAGGUAGGAAUUCACCCUUGGAAUCCUGACACCUUUGAUCCUUCCUUUUUUGCACCAUCACUCAAUACUACCACUGAAGCUGCCCAGCCUAUGCCUACGUAG